AUGCCCAAGGCUCCUCCCGAGGACCACAGACCAGCCAGAGCCUGUCUCGCUGCGCCUUACCCACUGCCUUAUGUCUUCACCCGGGGGCCACCAGAUGCGGAAAGCAACGGAAAAUCAGGACCCUCGCACGAACCUCAAAGUUCAGUAGCCGUCCCCAGCUUACUUCACUCUACACCGCUCAUCACCCAACCCAACCCCAGUGGCCAAAUCAGCUUCCCACCCGUCGACCCCAACUGGCGAAAGAUCCAGCCUGCUUUCCCUCCUAUCCCUUACCCUCGGCAAGAUCAUGAAGAGAUCGUUAGGAUGAGAGUGCGGAGGCUCAAGGUGCUGAAAGAUGUCAAAGAUGGGUCGGAUUCGAGCAGCGAGUGGGAAGUGAGAUCAAAGGCCAUGAGCGAGGCUGGAGAGGGAAAUGAUGAGUCUUCUGACAUGUUGAACUCGGUGCAAAAGUCAGCUAUGGGUAUUCUGAAAGACGGACAAGAGGACGGCGUCAGCCAGAGAGACCCCAUCACGGGCCGCAACAAUCUCUUGAUGUAUGCCUUCAUCUCCGCCGCCUCCCACAACACCCGCGACCCCUCCAUCUCUCCCCCGUCCGAAGGGAUUCGCACGCCAACCCAAUCCCGUCAUAUGGUGCCUCUCAUUUCCAACGGCUCCGGAUCCGACGGCGAGAUUACGCCCAAAGCUCGAAACCAGACUUUGGCAGUAGAAGAAGAGUCUGAUGAGGCCGAGGAAGAGCAAGGAAGACCAGGGUGGGAUGUGAUCUCUGCAGCAUCAAGCUUUUUCAGCGAAGGAAGCGAUGCAGAGGAGGCAGAUCAAGAGUGGCAUGAUGAUUCACCUGCUUCGGCACGUCUAGUCACCCCAGCUGCCAUCGCUCGUAUGACACGUCGCCUCCAUCGUCCCUCCAAAGGUCGCUUUCUCGGAAAAACGAAUCAGCUGCGGUUUACAUAUCCCACCCCAAAGCUCCGCCACCAACCAUCUCAAUCAUCCAUCGGAGACAGCGACUUUACCGCUCGCCCUUACCAUCCUGCAUUGAUAGGUGCUGCUGGGGGUUAUGUGUCGGAGAGUGGGAGUGCCCGAACCGCUGUACAAAUCAGGAGGGGCAGGUAUAGUCAAAUGCUAGAGGUAGGGCGGAAAAGGAGGGGUGGAGAGCCAAACACACCUACACAAGCCCCGCGUCCACUCGAACACGCCCACAUCACCUCACAUGGCCAAAGUUUCCAGCAAACCUCCCCCCAGCAUGCCAUACCCCAGCCAUCGAUGCUGGGACUCGAGGGCUUUACCUACGCCAACAUACCAGCCAUGCACCACCCUUCCGAAUUCCUUUUCGCCUCUUCUCCAUCCUCUAGCGAGCGCCCUGUCAAGCGUCACGCAUCUCCUCGUAACGAGAGAUGGUCUUCACCCCAGCCCAUGUCUGUCGAUCCUCGUACUGCGGGCACUUCUGCUGCUAUCAGCUGGCCCCACCCUCUCCCUCCUCGCGAGCUCGUACCCUCCGAUGCGAGCACUUCUCAACUCGUCGCGAUGUCUCAGUCGUUGGGUGAGAUGGAUGUCCCCAUGCCGACUGCUUCCACCGCUGGUCACGUCACUUUCGGGAAAGCCUGCCACGACGUGCUCUUGUCCAAGAAAGAAGCUGCGCGGCGCCGAAAAGAGCGUUUGCGAAGAGACGAGGGCAAGGACAGGAGGUUGAGAUUAUUGAUGCCUCCUCCAGCUUUGCCAUCUCAGACCCAGCAAAGCUACCCAACGGGAUACCAGCCGUACUUUCAGGCUUCACCUUGGGCGGGGGAUGAUCAUGAUGCGAGGUUUGCGCCACAGAUGCCUCAGUACCAAUUCCACCCUCAACUCGGCUGGGUCCCGCAACAACAAUUUCUUCUUCCUUACCAACCUCAGAACGGGCAGCCUGUUCAGUACCCUGCCCCACCUCAUCACAUGAGAGGCAACACUCCCAGUUACACACAACUGUCCCAACUUUCCAUCCCCAUCCGCUCUUCCCCUCACGAAGCCAAGCCUGCCAGGAAGAGGCGCAGGUCGCUGAGUCCUUCGUCCGCUUAUGACACCGUUCCCACCCCACGUCGAUCUUUACAAGCGCAAACGCCUACACCUACACAAGCCCUGCAGGCAGGGUAUACGCUGUUACCAGCGGCGCAUAUAUCGACGCCACAGAUGACCGGGCCAACUUUGAGGUCGCCUCAGAGCCGCCCGGUCCAGGGCACACCACCGAGGGGAGUAGAAGAGAGCGGAGGCGAUCUGUGGAAGGCUGCUCUGCAAGGCGGCUAUGAGAGUAUGGGUGAGGAGAACCGCAAGAUUGCGAGGAGAGACAGAUGGGUGCAAGAAGAGAGGGAAAGAACUAGGGCAAUGAGCCGUGGGAGGUCUGUCAAGCCGCAAUGA